AUGGCCAAGGAGAAGGGAUGGCUUCUCUUCGUCGACAACGCCGACUCACCAGAACUCAACCUUCGACCAUACCUCACUAAUUCAACUCAUGGAGCGGUUAUCAUCACAACACGAAAUGGCCAAUGCGCCAACUACGCGCUGGACGGUGCAGUUCCUGUCGGUGAUCUUGAGGAGAGCGAGGCGGUGAACCUCCUUCAUACAAUCGCACAAAUAAUGCCUGCUUCUGAUACCAAGUCUCUCGAAAUCGUGAGGGAGCUUGGGAUGCUGGCGCUUGCGAUCACUCAAGCAGGGGUUUAUAUUCGCGAUACCCGGCGGCUUGAUACGUACCUUGAGAUGUUUCAGGAACAUCGGAGUGAACUUCUGCGUAAGCGGCCGGAUAUUGGCUCAGGAUACACGUCCUCGACAUACACCGCAUUCAAUCUAUCAUUCCACCAGCUGCCGAGAAAGACACAGAAGUUCCUAAAGCUAUGUGCAUUCCUCAACCACUCGCGUAUUCCAACUAUCCUCUUUAAGCGAUCGAUAAUGUCAGGCUUUGCCACGUACACAGUCUUAAAUAGCUACCGCCCGCCUUGGAGUGACAGAAAGUUCAUCACAAAGCUGCGGAAGAUCUUUGGCAAGACAUGGAACGAAAUUAAGUUCCAGGAAAUCAUCCACUCGUCCUCACAAGCAUCAUUUAUCAACGUUUCGACGGACGGGUUAUCUUAUACCAUUCACCCUCUACUCCAGACUUAUAUCGAGGAUUCACUUGGUGAAGCGGAUUGCAAACGCUAUUGUUGCAUAACAACACAGCUGCAUCCCACUGUCGGUCAAAACAAAGAAAUCGCAUGGGUACUGGCAUUCUACAAGCUUUAUGGUGCUUUGGGGAGCUGGACAGCAUGUCGGGAGCUGCUGGAGACUGUUCACACAACCCUUCAACGGUCUCACAAACCGAAGAAUAGAGACUUGAUGUGGUUAGAGAACGUCCUUGCAAUUACACUGAAUAAGUGUGGUCGAUUGGACGAAGCUAAAAAGAUGGGGCGAGACACCCUCACUCUGCGGCUCGAGAUCUCUGGACCACGCCAUCCCCACACCAUCGCCGCAAUGAGCAACCUUGCAGCGAUCUUGUAUGGUCGUGGUCGGUUGGAUGAAGCCGAAAAGAUGCAGAGAGAUACGCUCGCUCUGUUGCUCAACAUGUCAGGACAUCCCAAUACCAUCACCGUGAUGAACAACCUCGCCUUUAUCUUGGAUAAUCGCGGGAAAACGGAGGAGGCGAAGAGGAUACGACAAGAUGUGCGUGCUUUGCAGCUUCAGGGUUCUGGAUAA